UUUAAAUGAGGUUAUGUUUGUUAAUAGUACAUGAUAUUUAAGGACAGAGAGCGUUGUUGUGAAUUCAUAAAUUGGAAUUUGUAUGUAUACAUAUGCCAUGAAAAAAAAUUAAACUAGUCAAGUAAAAAAUUUUUACUAUACUAAUUUAAGGAUAAUUAAAUAAUUGUAGUUAGAGCGUUCACUUUUUAUUGUUAUUAUUAUUAUUAUUAUUAUUAUUAUUACUAUUAUUAUUAUGUUUCAAUCAUUCGGAAUAAAGUAAGGAUAGAUGAAAUUAAUGAUUGACAUAAUUUAUUGACGUUACGAAUAAAGUGUAUGUGUAUACGAGUAUUAAAUUGACAAUAACAAACAAUACUGAAACAAGUACCAUGGCACAAGGAACUCCUGAAUCAGAUGUUGGAAGCUUCGAGUGCUUUACUAAUUACACUGCACCUGAAGUUUUUAUUCAAGGACUUGCCGGCCUUGUUGACCAACAAGAUGUUGAAUCUAUGAUAAGAGCUCAAAAACAAAUGUUACAGAGAUUCGAAAAAACUAAUGAAAUGCUGACCAAUUGUAAUCAAUUGUCUAUUAGUCGUUUAAAAUCUGCUGGUGCUGAAUUUAAAAAACACACAGCUUUGUUAGCCGAAAUGAAAAAAGAUUUAGAUUACAUAUUUAAAAAAAUUAGAAUUGUAAAAAAUAAAUUAAAUCAACAAUAUCCACAAGCAUUUAAUGAAGCAGUAAGAAGUAGUUUAGCUGAGGAGGUAUUAGUUGAAGAUAUUAAUCAAGGACCGAAGCCAUUAGAACCGGAAAUUAUUACCCCAGUAAUUAAUAUGUCAACAGCAACAGAAAAAGAUCAAGACCCCGAUUCUGAUGUUCCAGUCGAGGAGUUUCAAUUUGCAAAGCUGCGUAAACGACAAUUAAAAAGAAAAGACGAUAGUUCCUCAACAGAUAGCAACAACGAUCACAGUAACGCGGACGAUUCGUCAGAUUUUACAAUGAAAGCAGAGGGAUCAACUACUCCAAUCGUUGUUUCGCAUAAAGUCAAAAUAAAAGAAGAAGUAAAAGAAUGUGAGUCACAGGAAUUAUCCCUAUCAUUUGAGAAAGAUCUACCAUUGACUGUUACGACUACUGCUAUUAACGAAAGUAUAAUCACAGCAUCUGUUACAACUAGCACAAUCCAAACUAGUACUAUUACAAUCAAUAAUUCAUCUAAUUCCUCAAAAAAACCAACGACUAUUGAUAACACUAACUCUGUUGUUAGUUUAAUUGCCAAGGAAUCCUUGUCAAGUGAUCUUAAAUGUAAAGAGGUAUUAUAUCUUGUAAAUCGCUCGCAAGAAAAUGUCAGUGAAGAAAAAUCACAUGACCGAGAAGAUAAUAUAUCAUCGUCUCCGACUAAUUGCAGUUUACUCAAACAAAAGUUAUCACAUCAUCAGCAACAAAAAUCCUCCUUGGUUGAAAUCAAUAAUGGACAAAAAUCUUUAUCCUUGUCGACGGAAAACCAAAGUCCUAAAGCAAUAUCUAUCAAAAUCGAAGACCAAGUCGAAGAUCCAUCUGCUAUGACAGGGGGUGCAGAUAAAAUCCAAGAAAAUUUAACAAUAACCGAAAAUAAUAAAUGUGACUUGAGCUCAUCUAAUGCCAAAAAUAAUAAUGGACCCAGAUGCAUUGCAAACAUUUUUACAGGGCAUACUAAAUUUAGAAGACUUCUGGGUACUCUUGUACAAUUUGCAAAUAAUAUAUCCAAUGAUACUGGUGAUACUGUUCGAACUCUUAUAUUUGGGCUUUUGAGUGGUGGAUUAGCUGUAGAAGAGUUUCAUACGUCUCUACAAGAAGUAACUAAUUUUCCUCUUAGAGAUUUUGUUUUACCGUAUCUAAAGCACACACUUCCUUUACUUCGCCGAAAUAUUACUGCGGCUGCUAGGUUCAAUAAUCAAACAUGUGCGCAAUAUUUGCGUUGUAAUGAGUCAGCUAUACUGGAGACUAUCAGUCUUACCGUACCGUCUGGAGAAAUAGUUCAACUAUUUGGUGAUUACAAUAACAGCAGCAGUAGCAGUAGCAGCAGCAACAACAGCAGCGGUAGUUGUAAUUACGGAAUACGUUCUACGUGUAUGACUAAUUCAAAUUUAAACUCAUUUCUACAGUCUUCAAAUUCUUUUUCAACAGUAUCACUUCACCAUUACAAUACUGGAAGAGCAGUGAAACGACGAGCUUCUGAUACUCUGUAUUAUGAAAAUGGUGUUGAAGAUCCUGUAAUUUAUGGUAAACGGCCAGUUAAUUCAUGGAAUCAUUCUCAACAUCAACAACAACAACAACAACAACAAUUACCUGAUUCUUAUUGUUUAUAUCAUUCGUCUUCUGGUAAUACUGUUCAAAAUAAUUUACAAACAUCUGGAUACGGAAACAAUCUCUUACCACCAAAUCUUAUUCAAAUCAAUCAAUCGCCGUCAUUUAGUUCAUACCAUCGAUCACAACAACAACAACAACAACAAUUAAAUUACAUGACAGCAAGUGCACAAAAUAUCUCAAGUCUUGACGAUGAAUGGAAAAAUAUUCAUGUAAUGCUCAAUUGCAUCUUAGGUAUGGUAGACAAAACAAAACGUGCUCUGGUGAUUUUACAAAAACGUGGUUCAUCUAGUCCAUGUGGUGGUAGUAGUAGUAGUAGUAGUAGUAGUACCACUACUCCAACAGUAACUAACGUUUCUCAACUUAUUUCUUCUACUCAGAAUCUAAGUAGUAACAAUAGUAAUCAUAAUUGUUUAAAUGGAUCACAAGUAGAGACAUCCGGAGAUCGUGAUGGUAAUCUUAAACGACUUUCUGGAGAAAUAAUUGCUCAAACAAUAAGAGCUACUCAAGAUCGUGUCACUGCGGAAGUUAAAAGGCAUGCUGAAGAAGCUGUCCAAGAAGUAAAACGUGUUGCUAUGGCUGAAGUACAACGUGCAGUAGCAGCAGCAGUCACUGAAUCACAAGUCAACGAAAGACUUGGGACUAAUCAACAACAUUUUGAUAGCUCGGUUUUACCUUUAAAAAAUUAUGGAAAUAUCAGACAAGGAUCAUUUUUCCGUCUAAAUAGUCAUUUAAUUAAUCAAAAUAUAGGCACAACUGUUAAUUCAAAUUUAUCCAGAGAGAACGAUAAAGAAGCUAUUUAUCAUCUUUCUAAUUCCACAUCUAGUUGUUGGAAUUGUGGAAGAUCAGCUAUGGAAACUUGUGGUGGAUGUGGAAUUGCAAGAUACUGCAGUUCUUUUUGCCAACAUCGUGAUUGGGAAAUAGGUGGACAUCACGUAACCUGUCGUCACACAAGUCCGCCAACUAGUGAAUCACGUCGUUCAUCUUCACGUAGUCCACCAAGAGUUGUUACUUUGACUCAAAAUGAUGUUAUCGGCGUUCCUAAUAAUGGUGCUAAUUUAUCUAAUAAUAUUACUCAAGCAAAAUGAUGUUAAGAAAUCUGAGAAAAAAACCCAACAAUUUUUUUUUUCUUUUAAUUAAUUUAAUUGAAA